CUGAUCAACGCUAUCAAGCUCGGGGACCUAAAAAUUGUCAAGGAACUAACUGAAUGCUUCCAAAAUCUUCGAAUCGGAGAGGCAGAUCAAGUCACCCUGGCCGACAAUACUAUGGAAAAUCCUCUUAUUUACGAAGCAAUUGAAACAUCAAUUAGUUACAACAGAGAGGACAUUCUGCUCAUUCUCGUAAGGCUGAUACGCCCCACCAUUCCCAGAUUCGAGCUCAGAGAUCUCAAGGCGUUCGAAUCCUGCGUCCGCAUGGUAGCCCACACCUCCAACGUCAGAGUACUAAGAUAUCUUUUCUGCAUUCCAGUUUCAUCAAAGUGGACAUUGACAACGAACAUUAUGCAUGCGAUUUGCGAUUCCGAGGACUAUGAUCUGAUUUACUUCGCAUUUUGCAAAGCUGACUGUGCCUACACACAUCCAAUCUCAGAAGAACAUCCCUUGCACAUCGCUAUCCGGUCUGGACUCGAAGCUACGCGAGCGGUUUACGACACUGGAAAGUACGAUAUCAACGAACGCUUGAGCUGGUCAUACAGGAUUUACUCGGAUGAACCUGUCACAGCACUAGAUGUGGCAAUUUAUCAACAGAACUAUGCGAUUAUAAAAUGGCUCUUAGAUCAUGGGGCCCAUUAUCGGAGGAGAUUCCCUAGUUUUUAUAUUUGCGGCAGGAUAUACAACUAUGUACGAGAUCGAGCUAUUGUGGACGACCCAAGAAUGGUAAACUUACCGUCUUAUGGGCAGUAUGCGAGUAUGAGUUGGGAGGCGAAGGAGAGUUUCAUAUUUGGCCUA